AUGGGAUUAUAAAUAAUAAAAAAAGAAAUGUUUUUUUUACUCUUAUAUGGUGUCAUCUUUUUGGCCAUGAGCUUAUUAAUGAUAGGCUUGUACGAGUACAAUGGGAUGUUCUAUCUGUUUGAAUGGGUGUGGUUAUUGUUUUUUGGGAAGAUUUUAUCACUUGUGUUUUUGAUAAAUGAGGGGUCAAUCGACGAAGAAGAGAGGGAGUAGUUACUCGAAAAAGAGCUUAGUGAGCACAAAUAAACAUAUAUACCAUUCAAGCUAUACGCGAUAAAUGCAUCAAUACAAGCAGCGGACAUAUUUCUGAUAUGUAUUGAAUUAUUCUAUAUGAACUUUGGAUUGUUCAUAAUAUGUUAAGGGAUUGUGUUUGUAUUCUACACCAUCUACACGAAUAAGCAUGAUAAGAUAAAAAUAAUAUAUGCGGGUGUUGUUCUAUUGACAGGUAUUUUCUCCCUUGCUUUGGAUACUGAGGGGAAUCACGAGUGUUACAUAGGGUUGAUAGCUACUCUGCUUCAGAUAGGGACCAACAUUUACGCAAUCAAAUUGAAGGAAGAGUUUAUGUGUUAAUAUGUGUUUCAGCAUGCCAAAUAUAUUGCCUACACAGGUAUAGUCCAGUUCUUGAUUUGGUGUGUUGUUCUGGUGAUUGUGGACUUUAUACCUUGUGACGAUACUGAAACUAAAUGUCAAGGCACUUUAGGCAAUUUUAAGGGAUUCUUCGAGGAGACCUUUUCAUAGCAAUAUGAGACGGAAAACAAUCACAAGAAUAUUACCUAUCCAGUUAUAGUAUUUGUGAUUUUGAUAUUAGUGAGUUCAGCCUUAAGUUACAUGGAUAGCAAGAUAACUAUCAAACAACAAUCAGAUAAGAAGGAGAUUAUUUAAUAGUUUGUUUUUUUUCCAUUAUGGAUUUGGAUAUACUCUGAUCCUAGAAAGAUAACUUUGUUUGUGUUUUGUAUCUUGUUCUUCAUUUUGUAAUGGCUAUUGGGAUUCUACAUAGUAUUUCAAGACAAGAAGACAGGCAAACGAGAAUAGGAGGAUGAUGAUUAGGAUUCAGAGUUUUCAUGA